AUGCGAAUCCUCCACCCGUUAGCAAGAUACCCGGGCCCGCUGCUUGCGUCUCUUACAUAUGGAUGGAAGGCAUAUUAUGUGUAUAAGCUGUUCUUCCAUGAAAAACUCAUCGAGCUUCAUCAACAAUAUGGACCAGUUGUGCGGGUAGGCCCGAAUCAUCUUCACAUAUGGGAUGGCAAUGCUAUUGCCCCUAUCUACAAAGGAGGUCGCUCGAUGGGCAAAUCUGAGUUUUAUGACGCGUUUACGGCUUUCAAUCCAAAUAUCUUUGGGACUACGAAUGACGAUAUCCACUCCCUCCGUCGACGACAGCUUUCUCACGGAUUCUCCCAAGCUUCUGUUGUGAACCUGGAGCCUCUGAUUGAAAAUGAGAUGAAGUUCCUGCAGAGUAGGUUACACACUUUUGCACAGACCGGAGAGAUAUUCGACCUGAAACUGCUACUUUCGCUCUACGUCUUUGAUAUCCUGGGCUCAGUAGCAUUCGGCAAGCCGUUUGGAGCUCAACAGAGAGGAUAUGAGGAGGUAUUGCCCGCAAUAAAUGAUCAUCUACUCCUGGCUGGUAUCGUGGGAGAGCUACCUUUGCAGAAUAUUACCAAGACAAUCAGCAGAUGGUCACCAAUCCCAUGGAUGAGACGAUUAAUGAAGAACCGGGAUGCUCUUAAGAAAAUCUGUGCGGAAUGCGUCAAAUACAAAAUAAAUAAUCCGACUGAAAGACAAGAUCUCUUGAAGAAUUUGGUUGAGGCCGUGGAUCCCGAUACUGGGUCAACCUUGACAGAACAGGAGAUCAACUCAGAAGCCUUUGCAGUUCUCGUGGCCGGAUCGCACUCGACUUCAGGAACUCUGACUCUCCUUUUCUGGCAUCUUCUCCAGAAUCCGGAUACACUGGCUGCCGUGGUAGACGAAGUCGAGUCUACUCUACCUCCUCUCGCCAACGAUCAAAUAGCCUAUCCCAUCCAAGGCCUUGAAUCGUCGUUGAGUUAUCUGAUGGCCUGCGUUCGAGAGAACUUCCGGAUAAACCCCGUGUUCACUAUGCCCUUAUGGCGUCGCGUCGGCCGUCCCGGUGGUCUCGAAAUAGGAAAAUACCAUAUUCCAUACGGAACAAACAUCUGCAUCUCCAACUACGUCCUCCACCACAACCCCGCCAUCUGGGGCAAUGACCAUAACAAAUUCAAUCCAUCCCGCUGGCUCGACGAGAAACGAAGCAAAGAACUAUCCCGCUACCUAAUACCCUUCAGCAUCGGCCAUCGCAUGUGCAUCGGCCGCAACCUCGCUAUGACAAAUAUCCUCAAGACCGUCACGACUCUGCUCCGGGAAUUCGAUAUCAAACCGGUAACAAAGCGGCAAACGGUAAGAGUGCACAGUCCUGGGAUUGGGGAGAUGGAUGGGGAAUUUUUGUGUACGGUUUUGGUACGGGAGGGAUAG